GUCAGUGCUGAGUGUAUUAGACAGAAAGGGGGCUGUACUGUAAAAAUGGCUCCUCUAGCAGCAGUUUCUUCUGGAGUACCACUGAAGAAGUCUGCUCAUAGUGGUGUCUGCUGGCAGCUUAGGGGCUUUUUCAGGAAAGUAUGGCAGGACAAGUACGUGGUUCUCUUCAGUCCCCAGUAUACCAUUCUAAUAGCAGUAGUCUUGUGGCUUGCUGAGGUGGCUGUCAAUGUUUGGGUUAUUCAGCGAGUAGCAUAUACUGAAAUUGACUGGAAGGCCUAUAUGGAUGAAGUGGAAGGGGUCGUGAAUGGGACAUUUGAUUAUAUGGAGCUCAAGGGAGAUACAGGCCCACUGGUAUAUCCAGCUGGAUUUGUUUACAUUUUCAUGGUUCUUUACUUCAUCACUGGCUAUGGUGCCAAUGUCCAACUUGCACAAUACAUCUUUGCUGCUAUCUACCUCAUUACACUAUUGCUUGUCUUCCGGAUUUAUGAUCGCACACAGAAGGUCCCGCCAUAUGUGUUCUUCUUCAUGUGUUGUGCAUCUUAUCGGAUUCAUUCCAUAUUUAUCCUCCGCCUGUUCAAUGAUCCUGUUGCCAUGGCGAUUCUUUAUGGAGCUGUAAAUCUGUUUUUAGACAACCACUGGUCUCUGGGCUGUUUCUUCUUUAGUUUAGCAGUUGCUGUGAAGAUGAACAUAUUGCUGUUUGCACCAGGCCUCCUUUUUCUUCUCCUCUGGGAGUUUGGAUUGAUGAAGACAAUUCCUAAGCUUACAAUCUGUGCAGUUGUGCAGCUAAUUUUAGGCUUACCAUUCUUGCUGAGCAACCCUGCAGGCUACAUCACAAGAGCAUUUGACCUUGGACGCCAAUUUCUCUUCAAGUGGACAGUGAAUUGGAGAUUUCUGCCUGAGGAGAUCUUCCUGAAUCGCAAUUUUCAUGUGUCUCUGCUUGUGGCGCAUCUUGUUGUCCUCUUACUCUUUGCAGUGUACCGUUGGAACAAGUCUCAGCAGAGUAUCUUGUCUUUGUUGAAGGAUCCAUCUCAAAGAAAGGAGCCUACCCAGAAGCUGACAGACAAUCAGAUUAUUUCUGUCCUUUUCACAUCAAACUUCAUUGGGGUUGCCUUUAGCCGCUCCUUGCACUAUCAGUUCUAUGUUUGGUACUUUCACACUUUGCCGUACCUUCUGUGGAGCACAAAAGUGAAGAAACUGGCUCAUCUACUCAAGGUUCUCAUUCUUGGUCUGGUAGAGCUUUCAUGGAACACCUAUCCAUCCACGGUUUACAGUUCGAUCUCACUGCAUGUGUGCCACCUGAUUAUUUUGAUGCAUCUAUGGUACACAUGCUCCUUUUCUUCAGAGACUGAUGCCGAGUUCAAAACCAAAGAAGUGCAGAGAAAGAAGAAAAAAUAGUUAAGAAGCAGUUGGAAAUAGCAGUGGACUAGCCCAAAUAAACACUCAGGAUGUUUUUGAAACAAAACUGUAAUAAAAAAAAAAGUAUGUAUAAAAUGGAGAGCAAGCUGGACUGUUAUUGAGACUCAUGAAAUAGAAAAGAGGAAAAAUAUAAACUUUUGCUUUUUUAAUAUGCACAUUAUGUGAUUUUUUUUUUUUUUUACGUCAGCACACUAGAUGUUUCAGAAGUUUGGGUGCAGUGCACAAAAAAAAAAAAAAAAUACUGACCAGAAAGGAAAAAGUCGAAAGUGGGAAAGUUGACCUUGGUACUUAAUAAAGCAAUUAUUUAUA